AUGGCUUCUUCGUAUGGCGUUGAUUCCUUGCUUGGUCCGAUCUUCGCCGCCACCGCAGCUACUUCACCUCGCUCGUCCACAAACCCAACUUCUCAGAUCGGUGCCCUCGUCACCACCGCCACGCGGUCAGUGUCACCAUCGUCUUCUCAGUUCAACAAACUAAAUGAGAUGUGUGAUGCAGUGGGCAAGGUCCAGAAGGCAGUCGCUGAUUUGGGACAUCAGCUAUCUGCGUUGUCUCAAGUUCUUCUUGCUGCAGCAGCCCCCAUCGCCACCGCCACCGCCACCUCCCAUGCCACCGCCGUGGUCGCCACGCCUACAAGCAGGUUUCCCGUUGCAGCAACUGGCACCACCUCAGCAUUGGCGCCCACUAGGCGUUCGACUGAAUGCUCGAGUAGUGUUUUGACCUCCAUCACUGCGCAUCCGAGCGGAACGCCUCCUGCAGUCACCACCAUCUCCACCACCUCUGUUGCCUGCGUCAUCACCGCGCCUCCAACCGGACCCCCUGCGGCAGUCACCACUGCUACUGCUUACCGCGUCAUCAGGAUGCACUGGAGUGACCUUCGUGUGGUGAAUGACAUCCCCAGUGAAGUGUCUCUUUCAUGUACACAAGCUUCAAAAAUGUUGCCCACCAACUGUUUGACUGAAUGCCUGAGCGACAUUAUGUAUCUGAAGGAGGCAAGGUUAACAACCAAAACGGCUCACCUAUCUCCGCCAGCGACAUUGGUCAUGCCUGUCAUCUCUGUGCGUACAUCAACCAACAUCAACACCACCAGAACCGUUGGCGUUGGAUGCCCAGGACUCCAUCUGCAUUCCCAGGUCAGCGGCGCUCAAAGCCACUGUCACUGUCGUUCCAAUACAGUCCAUGGUGACAAGUGCCUUCAUAGAAAAAUGCCUCGACAAGGACAGCCCAGAGAGGGACAUGUCUUUUGUGGCGCUACUAUCAUGGUUUUCUAUCAGCCCUGUGUGCCAGGUGUUUGUCGUUGGUUUCCUUCCUGCAGAGAUACGACCACCAUGGCGACCACCUCUGGUCUGUAGCAGCCAUUUGAGAGCUAGCCCUCUAGUACAGAAGGUAUUGUAUGCAAUAGUCAACAAUGACAUGAGGGUGCAGAAUAAAGGAGUCAAUGCAAAUCUUAUAUUGCCGUGGAACCCCGGCAUACAGUCCGUAGCUGAGCCACACCAUGUACAAGAUGAUGUUAUAUUGGUUUAUGCAUAUUCUGCUGAGCAGUCCUACCACAAGUGGUUCAUUUCACUGAAAUAUCACUGCCAUGUUACUGGUCAUUCCCUACCGUAUUACGACUUGUAUGGAACACGGUUGACCCUGAUUACCGUUGGCGUGUGUUCCAACAUGAUUUUGCUACACACAGUGGAAUAUCCAGAGUUGGAAGAAAAAAAUGGACUGAAGAAUGUUACAGCAGCAACAACUGAUGAGUGUGUUCUUCCUUUAAAACAGUCCCAGUUUUGUGCCUUUGAAUUUUGGGAAGAGCAGCCCAAAAGUGCAGCUACUACAGAAAGCGAUGCAAGCAACCCAACAGGGGUUGGUGAUCUAUAUAUUGAUGGUUCUUUCACUCUCUGGGCCAAAAUGUUGUUCAUCAAUUCUUUGAUGCAGAAUGAAUACUGGAAACUGGAACAUCAACCAUUAAUUGGUCCCAAGAAGGAAUUGUUUUCUACUGGUAAAAUGUCUUGGUGCCAUGUCAAUUUUCCAAAAUGCCGUAACCAACUCAGCAAGGAAAAAAGAAGGGAUAGUAAUCAGAGGUAUUGUUGAUCUUUGUCUGUCGGGUGCUAGUGCUAUAGUUGAUCACGAGAAUCAGAUGUACAACAAAGAGAAAACUAAAAUUUCACACUGGAAAUUCAAAGGAACACCUCUUGAGUUUGACUUCUAUGAUCAAAGUGAAAUCAAUAUUGAGUUCUUGUUGCUGUCAUAUGCUGCAUCUCAAGUCAAGCGGCUUUUUCCAUGGGAUCCAGGAGAACAUGACCAUUUAGUGAAAAUUACUGCGAUGAUACUAGUUGGAACUGCGGGACAGGUUAUUUCUGAACUUAUCAGCAGCAAAGUGAUCACUCAAAUGGCCCGAUGUAGCACAGAGAAUAAGAUACCACAGUCGGAUGCCUCGCUGUUGCCUUUGUCUGUCGAUUGCUUGUACCCAUUGGUCAACAUCUGUACAAGAUCUGUGAGAAGCAAUCUGAAAGCUAGCUCUCCAGUUCAGACGUACAAUGACAUGAAAGUGCAGACUAAAGGAAUCUAUGCAGCUGUUGUGUUACCAUGGGACACUGGCGUACAAUCCAUUGUAUGUACAAAUUUUACUACAUGUGCUACUGCCAGUUAUCUUCCAGGGAAGCAUACUCCAGCACAUAACAUGAACAUGGUGCAGGUUUUACAAAAGGAAAGAAUUAUGGGGCUGUACAAGGAUACUGAAGAGAUGAUUCCCAUAUCUCUAAGAGACCUACUGAGCAUCACUUUCUCAUACCAAGAUUGUAUAGCGCAUGAAGAUCUCUUUCAUCUGAAGCAGCGAGUGUUUCCUAAAUUUCCUUCUGAUCAAAUCUCAAUGGAGACAUUGACUGUGAUAAUGGUUGUUGCUACUUCCACUUCUUUUGAACCAGCACGACAAGAAUCCAAGUUCAUUGUGGUUUCUGCACAAGAGCUCAAGAACAUUGUUGUUAUUGUACAAGGUCCAUACUAUACCAAUUCUAACCCUACAGGUUGUGGACUAUUCUGGGAAACAAACUCUUCAUGUUCAACCUUGCGACAAUCUGUAUCAUAUAUAUGGGUGUACAAGCGAUUUGACCCAAGAGAUCCACCAUUGGCAUUGUUGUUCAACAUGGCGAUGCAAUCAGGGGAAUGCUAUGCUACGGUGAAACAAAGGAAGUGUCAGAAGCUCAAACAUCUUGAAAUCAUAUGUUGGACGUCUCCAAUUUGGAUCAUAUCAUUUAUGCCUCCCUGAGGCUCAACAUUCUGCUCUCAACUCAGUCCAGGGAGAACCACACUUGGGGACAAGUGUGAUUUCAAGAGGGAUGGAAUGUCAGGUAUUAGUCAGAGGAGGACUUGUAGUGUCAUGGCAGAUUGAAUGGCCAGGAUCAAAAGGAAACCCAAAGGCAGAAGAUCUACCGCUGUCAACGUUUAUUCAUUUCCGUCCUUGUUAUUAUUUCUAUAUUCAACUUACUCUCUGUAACCUCAGGCUAUAUAAGGGGUGGUAACUAGAGGAGAUGUAUCGAUCAACUAUUCAGCCAAAUAUUGGUUAUUAUCAAUACAAGAAUACCUUUACAUA